AUGGAGAGUCGUCAGGGCGUUUUGUAUGUAUGGAUUGGAGUAUUUGCCUUUACAUGUAUUGUUCAAGCUCAAGAUCAACAAGGAUUCAUCAGUUUGGAUUGCGGGUUGUCCCUGAAUCUGUCUCCUUAUGAUGAACCAUCAACGGGAUUAACAUAUAUAUCGGAUGAGAAAUUCAUCGAGAGCGGAAAAAGCGGUAGAAUUCAGAAAGAUUUGGAGGCAACCUUCUUCAAGCAGUACUACAAUCUCAGAUACUUUCCAUAUGGAAAACGAAACUGUUAUAAUCUGAACGUCAUGCAGAAUGGGAAUUAUCUUAUCAGGACUACCUUUGUGUAUGGAAAUUACGAUGGUCUUAACAAUUACCCGAGUUUUGAUCUGCAUCUUGGCCCGAAUAUUUGGGCAACGGUUGAUUUGAAUGGAAAACCAAAUGCUACAAUCAAAGAGAUCAUCCACACUGCAAGAUCAAAAACUUUGCAGGUAUGUCUUGUUAAGACAGGAAGAACUACACCGAUGAUAUCGACCUUAGAACUUCGACCGUUGAGAAAUGACUCUUACACUUCUCAAAGUGGGUCCUUAAAGAUGUUUUUUCGGAUGUAUUUUAGCAAUGCAGGCCGCAUGAUACGGUACCCUUCUGAUGUCUAUGAUCGAAGAUGGUUCCAAUACUUCCAAAACGAUUGGACGCAGUUAACUACCACACUUAAUGUGAACACUUCAAAAACUGAUAUUGACUUACCACAAGGCAUACUCAUGACAGCCGCCACGCCCACGAAUGCUUCUGCACCACUGUCCAUUACAUGGUCUUUAGAUAAUCCUACCGAUCAAUUAUACUUCAACCUUUACUUUGCCGAUAUUCAAACUCUAUUGACCAAUGGCACGAGGGAAUUCAACGUUAGUUGGAACGGACACUCUAUUUAUGGACCUUAUAGUCCCCCAAAGUUGGAAUUAGAUUAUAUCUACUCAACAUCACCUUUCACGUGCGAGGAAGGAGGUUGCAUUCUCAACCUUGUGAGGACUCCGAGGUCAACUCUCCCGCCUCUACUUAACGCCAUGGAGGCUUAUGUUGUUGUUGAGUUUCCGCAGUUAGAAACGAAUAAAGACGAUGUGGAUGCCAUCAAGAUUAUUCAAGAAACUUAUGGAUUGAAUAGAAUCAGCUGGCAAGGAGAUCCAUGUGUUCCUAAACCGUUCUUGUGGGAAGGCUUGAACUGCAAUAUCUCGGACAAUUUUACUGCUCCGAGUAUCAUUUCCUUGAACUUGUCUUCAAGCGGAUUAACCGGGGAGAUAGCUCAUGUCCUGCAAUAUCUGAUCCAACUAAAAGAACUGGACUUGUCGAACAACGGUUUGACCGGAGAAGUGCCCGAAUUUCUAGCAAACAUGAAGUCCUUAUUGGUCAUAAACUUAAGUGGGAAUAAUCUUAUUGGAUCAGUUCCUCAAACCCUUCUGGACAGGCAGAACAAUGGCCUGGAAUUGAAACUCCAAGGAAAUCCACAUCUUCUUUGCCAGUCAGUCUCAUGCGAUGAUGUCGGAGGUAAAGGAAAACAUCAUAAAAAGAAUACCAUCAUACCAGUUGUCGCAUCAGUUGCCUCGGCGACUGUUCUCAUAACUGCAUUGUGUCUCUUUUUUACUUUGAGGAAGAACAAGCCUUCAAGUGUGGAAGGUAUUACCAAUACACUCAUCAAUAUUUAUUUCUGCUACACAGUUCAAAGUCCUCUACCAUCAAUCGCUAUGAAAAACAGAAGGUUUGCUUAUUCAGAGGUUCAAGCUAUGACAAACAACUUCGAGAGAAUUCUAGGAAAAGGAGGAUUUGGAAUUGUCUACCACGGUUAUGUGAAUGACGCCGAAAAGGUGGCUGUUAAAAUGCUUUCUCAUUCAUCAGCUCAAGGAUACAAACAAUUCAAAGCCGAGGUCGAACUUCUUCUUAGAGUUCACCAUAAGAAUUUGGUUAGCCUUGUCGGAUAUUGCGAUGAUGGAGACAACUUGGCUCUCAUAUAUGAAUGCAUGGCCAAUGGUGAUCUGAAAGAGCAUUUGUCAGGAAAAUGCGAUGGCUCGGCAUUGAGUUGGGGAACUAGACUUAAAAUAGUUGUUGAGGCUGCGCAAGGAUUGGAGUACUUGCAUAACGGAUGCAAACCACCUAUGGUUCAUAGAGAUGUCAAAACUACGAAUAUAUUGCUUAACGAACACUUACAAGCAAAACUCGCCGAUUUCGGACUCUCGAGAACUUUCCCGACCGAAGGCGAAACUCAUGUGUCCACUGUUGUGGUCGGAACUCCCGGUUACCUUGAUCCAGAAUACUACCGAACAAACUGGUUAACUGAGAAGAGCGAUGUGUAUAGUUUUGGUAUUGUACUAUUGGAAAUCAUCAUGAAUCGUCCUGUGAUCGACCAGAGUCGCGAAAGACCUCACAUAACAGAAUGGGUGGGGUUAAUGCUUACAAGAGGAGACAUCAAUAAAAUUAUGGAUCCAAAACUAUUCGGGGAAUACGACACAAACUCGGUUUGGAAAGUGGUUGAGCUUGCAAUGUCGUGUGUGAAUCCCUCUUCGUCGAGAAGACCGAACAUGUCUCAGGUUGUGAUCGAACUAAACGAGUGUUUGGCGUCGGAAAACUCGAGGCUCGGGACAAGCCGAGACAUGGACUCAAAGGGUUCCAUUGAAGUGAGUAUGAGCUUUGGUACUGAAGUGAACCCUAAGGCUCGCUAA